AUGUUCUUACCUAAAACAUUCUACCUACUCUCCCUAUUCAUCCUCUACACCACCGUAUCAGCCUUACCUUCUCCCGAUGCCGAUUCAGAUGCUACACCCAACGCCGUGGCAGACUCAAGUAUAGCAGGGGUAGAUCAAGAAUGUGUAUUGGCAUGUUCCCAUUGGGCAGUGACGAUGGGUUAUUGUAGAGGUCAAUUUGGUGAUCUUUCCCAACAACGAAAUAUAACAUAUACGAACUCGUUCCUAUCCUGCUUAUGUGCUGGGACGAACUCGACGGGUACGUUGGGUAGCGACUUGAUGGCUGAUUCGGCGAGCUUCUGCUUGGGGUGCGAAACGACUCCUAAAAAGAUUAAAGAUAAUUUAGGGCAAUUCCUCGGUUUAUGUCAAGUCCAAUCAUCAAACGGUACAGCCACGAACGCAACUGAAUUUAUGCCUAUUGGAUAUACGACUUCCAACGAUCGUUCCAAAGAUGCUGUCACCGGAUCUCAGAGUCGACUAUACCAACUUGAUGUUGGCUUGCUGGUAGGGUUGGUGGCUGUUGGUUUAUGGUCAAUCAUCUAA